CCAGUCACUUUUUUUUCAGCUGAAAGUCGGUCGAAUACAAGGUUGGAAAAAAUACCUUCAACUCCCACAUCACACAAUGAUGACGAGGUUAAUGGAGACAUUAGCGGAGAUGAGCACAGCAUCAUCAGUGACCACAACCCUCAUCCAAACGAUGAAAAUUCCAUGGAUUCUGACAGGGAAGGAGCUUUGAAUUUGGUGACCGCAACAAACGAACAACCAAGGAUAUUAACGCCAAAUUCGCAAUCACAAGUCUCUAGUUCGAGUCCUGGGGUAGGAGCAGCCCUGGCAGCGUUAGGUGGUCUAGGAGGGAUUUUCGGUAAUCAUCUGCAGAUGUUAGGCAGCCUUUCGGCCUUCCAAAGGCCGCAAAAUCUACAGCAAUUGCAGCAGUUGGCCAUGCUGCAACAAGCGAGCGGAAAUCAAAUAAACCAACAGGCUCAGUUUCUGUUUCAAAAUCAGGGUUUCCUACAGGGUUUUCCAAGAUCGGGUCUACCAUCGAGACCCCCCCAUUCAAUGCAGGUACAGCAAAUGGCUGCUCAGCAAUUACAGCAGCUGCAGAAAGUACAACAAAAUACUAGCCAACACAACACCAGCAUUACCCAAAACGCACCCCUACCUCAAACACAAACGACACCUCCAAACAACACCCACCACAUACCAGCCAGUAUACUCACUCCCAGUACGCCCAGUUCGGGGGGACUAACGCCGCAGCACCUAAAAAACCCUUCACGGCUCAUGGAACCAUCUCCCGAAGAAACUACCGAUUUAGAAGAGCUCGAACAGUUCGCGAAAACCUUCAAGCAAAGAAGGAUAAAACUCGGAUUCACCCAAGGAGACGUUGGAUUGGCCAUGGGAAAAUUGUACGGCAACGACUUCUCCCAAACAACGAUAUCCCGAUUUGAGGCGCUCAACCUAAGCUUCAAAAACAUGUGCAAGCUGAAGCCUUUGUUACAAAAAUGGCUAGAGGAUGCUGACAGUACGUUGAGCAAUCCUGGUGCUCUUAGCAACCCCCUAACAACGCCAGAAACUAUUGGCAGGAGAAGGAAGAAAAGAACAUCCAUCGAAACAAGUGUCAGAGUAGCUCUGGAAAAGGCCUUCAUGCAGAACCCGAAGCCAACUUCAGAGGAGAUCACAAUGCUGGCGGAUAACCUCUGUAUGGAAAAGGAGGUAGUCCGAGUGUGGUUUUGCAACAGGAGGCAGAAGGAAAAACGAAUAAAUCCUCCUACAGCCAGCAUGGGAUCACCAUGCUCUGUCGGCAACAGCAACGGUGGCAUGUUUCACAUCGCUAACAGUUUAGCGACUAGUCCUCUAUCUCUGGUGACAUCCAGCGGCCAUAGUUAUAAUCCGAAUGUGAUGGUCAAACAAGAAUGACCCCAACUGAACUUUUUUGCGGACCACUAUUUGGAAUAGUGGGCGUAUUCGUGCAAUGAUAUUGAAUAAUUUCAACGUAUACUGUUUCCAGAUUGUGGUUGUACCACAAUCGACGACUGUUCAGAAAUAAAACAUGCCAAAAAUGUGAGGAAACUGCUGUUUGUCAGUUCACUACACAUUGGAUCUCAGUGUCAACAUAAUCAUUUACUUGGAUCAAGUAAUUCUCCUCAUUUAUACAAAGGCAGCACUCUAUUUUGUCGCCUGUCUUCCACUUCGAUUUAAUUUCAAACCAUUGGCGUUGCAGGACUGCGUGUUUUUAAAGUUAUUCUGCUGACUGUUUUUGUUAUUUAUUUAUGCCAAAUAUACUUAUGUCCAUAUAGCUUAGACUUAAGGUUGUCGCAUUUUGUUUCAUAGCUAUUAUAUUUUAACGUUUGAGGUGUACAGCUAUACUGUAAAUAUGAAAAUUAUCGGUUGCUAUUCUUUUUCGUGAGUUGUUAAAAGAAUUGUUGAGAUAUUAGCAGAUGACAUUCACUCGUUAAGCAGGGUCUCAUAUUAUUAUCUAUUUGAAUGACUGUCACUUGCUAGUCGUGUACAAUUUGUAGAUAAAUACAUGUUAUGAAGGUAAAUAUAUUAGCAUUCUAGGUAGAUAUCCGUUUAGCAUCUGGUGUAUAUGAUCAACUCUUCGUGUCAGUGUAUAUAUUGAAUUUAGCGGUUCUUUUUUCUACGAGGACCAAUAUAGAAAUGUUUAAAGUUCCUAAUAAGAAAUAAUCAUUGUUGAUAUCAUUAUUGAAAUUGCUCGUAGAGUACCACAAUUUUCCAAUAUUUUAUUUAAUACCGCGAAGUUUCAAAUCACAAUAGACUGACGGCGUCUUUUCUGUUUGAAGACCUGAAUAUUGGGAAGAAUAGGGUCUAGUUUUUUUAAGUUUUACACACAUAUAUUUACCUAAUACUGUUGUUUUCAAAAUAAUGAAACUAUUUGAAUCAUAUCACUUGAAAGGAAUUUUCCAUAACUGCUAUGGUUCAAUUAGUAAAAGUUUGGAUACGAAUACCUACAUCUCUUUGCCGGUAUUCGUAUGCAGCUGAUUUGGUAUUUUGUAAUACAUAUAAACGUUCAAAAGUCAGUUGUUCUUUACUGCCAUAUCUAGCUCGAGCUAGGUUUGGCAAGUAUUACACCAACUGGACUUAGGGGAAUGUUCAAAGGCUAAUCUUCUGAAAGUGAUCAACAUAUCGUAAUUCUUUAGCUGUAUAGUAUUUUAAAGUUAUCUUUUCAGCCUGUGAACAUUUCAGAUAUCCAAGUCAUAUCAAUGUGAAUUAGUGUAAGAUACAUUAUCUUGGAACGAUAAUAUCCCAACUAAUGAUUUUAAUUCGGUCUGAAGUUUUUAAACACUCCAUAGAACAUUAGUCCUGUAGGUAUAUGUGUGUAGUAUAUGUGUUAGAGGUUAACAACUAUGGCCAGAAAACUGAAGGUUUCUUGAAUCCAGUUGCACUCCAAAUUGGUUUACGACUUUUUGUACAAUAAAUGUAAUGGUAAAAUCAGUUAUAUAUAGAUCGAUGUAAGUAUUAGUGAAGUGAAAAACGAUUUCGAAAAUGUAUAAGACCCUAUUCAGAAGUGUAACAUAUACAACUGUGGUCUAGGCAAUAACAUGUACAUUAUUUUCAUUAAAGAAAUGAAUUCAUAAA